AUGUCAAAUCCUGCUUCUUCUUCUUCAUGGACAAGUUUCCUUAAAUCAAUUGCUUCUUAUAAUGGUGAUUUAUCUUCAUUAACUGCUCCACCUUUUAUCCUUUCUCCAACUUCUUUAGUUGAAUAUUCUCAAUUUUGGGGUGAACAUCCAGAUUUAUUAAUUGCACCAAAUUUUAUUAAAGAUGAUUCCAGCAAUCCUGAUGAAGUAUAUGUUGAAAGAAUACUUGCAGUUACAAAAUGGUUUAUUUCAACUUUAAGAUCUCAAUAUUGUUCAAGAAAUGAAUCUUUAGGUUCUGAAAAAAAACCAUUAAAUCCAUUUUUAGGUGAAUUAUUUUUAGGUAAAUGGAAUGAUUCAACUUCAAAUAAUGAAUUAGGUGAAACUAUAUUAUUAUCUGAACAAGUUUCUCAUCAUCCUCCUGUUACUGCAUAUACUAUAUUUAAUGAUCAAAAUAAUGUUGAAUUACAAGGUUAUAAUGGUAUAAGAUCUUCAAUUUCAACAACUUCAAUGAAUGUUAAACAAUUUGGUCAUGCAAUUUUAAAAUUUAAAGAUUUAAAUGAAGAAUUUUUAAUUACUUUACCUCCUUUACAUAUUGAAGGUUUAUUAGUUGCAUCUCCAUUUGUUGAAUUAGAAGGUAAAACAAUUAUACAAUCUUCUUCAGGUUAUAUAUCAAUUGUGGAAUUUAGUGGUCGUGGUUAUUUUAGUGGUAAAAAAAAUUCAUUUAAAGCUAGAGUUUUCAAAGAUUCUGCUUCAAGUGCCAAUAAAGAUAAUGCUUUAUAUACUAUUCAAGGUCAAUGGUCUGGUAAAUCAACAAUUUAUAAAGGUUCUUCAAGUUCAAAUUCUAAAAAUUCAACUGAAUUUUAUGAUGCUCAAGCUAAAAAUCCUGAACAUUUAAUUGUUAAACCAAUUGAAAAUCAAGGUGAAUUAGAAUCAAGAAAAGCUUGGUUAAAAGUUUCUGAAGCUAUUAAACAAAGUAAAUUUGAUUUAAUUCAUAAAGAAAAAUCAUUAAUUGAAAAUGAACAAAGAGAAUUAAGAAAAAAAGAACAAGAAUUAGGUAUUAAAUGGGAAACAAGAUGGUUUAAAGAAUUUAAUUUAAAAGAAUUAUCAUCAAAUAUUAAUGAAACUUCAGAUCCAUUAUUUAAUUUAUCUUCAAGAGCUAAUUUAUCAAGAAAAAAUGUUGUUAGUGGUACUUUAGUUGGUGAAAAAGAUGAUAAAGGUGAUGAUUAUAAUCAUUGGAGAUUUGUUAGAGAAAAUUGGGAUAAUGAAGAAGAAUAUAAAGUUUAA